CACGUAUAUGACGUUGGCGGGACCUGCUAUCCUUUAACUCUAUGGUACGUUUCCACGGCUGGAGGUCUGAAGAUGGCGGAGGUGGAGUUUGGGGAUAGCGAGCUCUUUGAGCAGUUAGAUGGCGACGCAAUUCCCCAGGCGGUUCAUGUACGGUUUGACCAGACUGAGGACAGCGAGGCGGAGGCCAGCAGCUUUCAGGAACAGCUCGCAAGAUGCGAAGAAACCGUAGCUCAGCUGCGGGCGGAGAAUCAGGAGCUCAGAAGAAAGCUGUCUAUACUCUCUCGGCCAAGUGGCUUAUCUGUGGAGGAUAAAUUUGAUGGCCCGCUAUUACAGAUCUUAUUCAUGAACCAUGUCAUUUCCAAGCAGUAUCAUCAAGAAAUUGAAGAUUUCGUUUCAAGCCUUGUCCAUAGGCAUGAAGAAGAAAAGAAAGCUAACCCUGAAAAGACAACAUUUAAUAUAAAGCCUCAGCCAUCAAGUAUUUCCUUGGAGGCCAGUGAUGGUGUGAAUGUGAUUAAGAAAAUUAAGGAAGCCUUCAGUGUUGUGGGAAGUGUUCUUUAUUUUACUAAUUUCUGCCUUGACAAGCUUGGACAGCCCCUGCUGAAUGAAAACCCCCAAUUAACUGAUGGAUGGGAGGUACCUAUAUAUCAACAAGUUUUUGGUCAGAUAUUGGCUCUAGAUGGCCAAGAAGUACAAGUAAAAGCAAAAAGACCUAAACCAUGCUGCUUCAACUGUGGAUUAGAAGAUCAUCAACUAAAAGACUGUCCUAAACCUCGUGAUUUUGUGCAUAUUGGCAAGAAAAGAAAAGAGUUUAUGGAAUCAUGUGGUGAAUCUGGUAACCAAAGUUACCAGCAACGUUACCAUGUUGAAGAAGUAGCAGAGAGGUUUGGAAAGUUUAAGGCUGGGAUUAUUAGUGAGGAGCUUCGAGAAGCCCUUGGAAUUUCUGACCGGCAUCUUCCUCCAUUUAUAUAUCGCAUGCGUGAACUGGGAUACCCACCAGGUUGGCUGAAAGAUGCUGAGCUGGAGAAUUCAGGGCUCUCUCUUUAUGAUGGAAAAGUAAAUAGUGAUGGGGAAAUUGUAGAAGAGGGGUUGCCGAAGGGACAAAUAUCUUAUGAUGUAUCUAAAUUAAUCAGCUAUCCAGGAUUUAAUACACCAACAGCACCUGGGGUUUCUGACGACUGGAGGAGUUUUGGGUCAAUUCCAAUGAAUGCAGACCACCAAAAAGAAGUAUUUGCCGAAUACUUGUCAUGUAAUUUUCCUGAUCCAGGAGAUGUUGCAGCCCAGAAAAGAUCAUCUUCAUCUCAUUCAAGCUCUGAUAGAAAAAGACAGAAGACAUCUGCAAAUGACCAAUGGCAGUCCCCAGUGGAUAUGGAUGUAGAGUCUGAUUCAUCAUUUUGCUCACCUUCCCAAGGGUUUAAGUUUCAGCCACCUCUUCCUCCUGGAUCUCCAUAUAAUACUCCACCACCACUACCUCGUGGAACACCACCUUCAACUCCUCCAAAUUUCGUACCCCGACCUCCACUAACUCCAACUCCCCCACCCCUUCCAAAAGGAACACCUCCACCCACGCCUUCUAGAGGCUCACCACUACAUCAGUCAAGAGAGCGUAUUCCUACACAACCAAAGACUCUGGUUUCCAUGGAUGAAGACACCUUGACGUUGGAAGAGCUUGAAGAACAACAACGAUUAAUCUGGGCAGCUCUGGAAAAUGCAGAGAGCACAAACAGUGAUUCAGAUAUUCAUACACCAUUAAAUGGUAAUUCUGUUUCCUCUUCUCCAAGCAGAGUUGAAUUGGACAGUGUAACAGAAGGAAAGACUACGUGCCAAAAUGUUGUUAAAGAAUUAAACCUUUCUGAUCUUCCCAUCAAAGAGGUUAAACAAGAGGCUAAUGAUAUCCCUCUGACUACUGAAGAGGAUGGAUCCUUCAACACAGAUCCCAAUGGAAACAUUGAUGAUAAAGAGAUGGAUGGUAAAGAGCCUAGAGAUGUUACUGAUGCAGACAAGGAGACAUGUGUGAAAACAGAAGAUGCUACAGAAGAGGCUGCAUGUGUUGAUGCUUCUCCUAGCACUAGAAUUCCAGAUAGGAGUAAGUUUGCAGAAGGCAUUACACCAUUUGAAUUUGACAACAUGUCAGAGUCAACUGGCACUUACCUCCGUCUUAGAGGAGUCCUGAAAAAUUCCCCACGAAACCAGCAAAAAAAUAAAAAGGGGAUGUAACGAAGUUCUUAAGGACUAGAACUUUUUUUUUUUUUAUUGGAAAUAUUUGUAUGGCCCUUUUUGAUGAACCAGUCUAUUGGAAGAGAUCAUUCAUAUAGAUGUACAGCAAUUUAUAGAAGCAAAAUGUAUGUGCAUUUUUAUCGGCUCCAUUACUGAUGAGUAUUACUGAAUUAAAGCCACCCCUAGCUGGAUGGUUCGUUUUUUUUUUUUUUUUUUGAGAAGUUAAAAUUAUACAACAAAUCCCCUUAAGACAAAGUAAAAGUAUAUUUCAUUGUACUCCUGACUUUUUUUUUGUAAUAUAUAUAUAUAUAAAAAAGGAGUUAUAUUGCGUUACUGUUCCGACUUCACAUUGCUUAUGUCAGCAGUUUUUUUAUUUUUCCUUUUUUAAAUUUGCUGGGUUUUUGGUAAUGUGGCUCCUGUGGUGUUCUGUAUACCAUUUUUUUUUUAAGUUAAGGCUGGAGCUAUUUGCUGUUUUACCAAUUCUCUUUUAAUUGAUAGAUUUUCCAUUAAUAUUUAAUUUCACACAAUUGUGCAUGCCUGACUUAAGAGAAAAAAAAUCCCAUUUUAAUGUCCGUAUCAAAUGAUUAGUGGGUUGGGAAUGAUAGGUAGCAAUACUGUUUGUACACACAAGAUUUCAUUUUAGCUUUUUAGAGUCAACAUAGAAGGUUGGGUGGAUUUUAUUUUUCUUAUGCACAUUUUAUUUUACUAUGUGUAUUUGAGAUACAACAUCUGUUUAAAAUAUUGUAUGCUUUUAAACAAUCUAACUUUUACUGUUUUGUUCAGACUUUGCAAAAUCUAUCAGGAAUUAACUGUUCAAAUUAUUUUUUUAUACAUUAUUGCAGAGAAUGUUUGUUUUUAAUGCCACCUUUACCUUUUUCUAAGACUGUCUCAUAAACUUACUGUGCACCUAUCACGGCAUACGGUGGUUUAAUAAAUGGGGUUUGUAAAAAUGG